GACAAGAGCUACCUGCAGCGUAGCCUGUCCUUCCGGAACUGCUCACCAUCUCUCGACGACAUUCGCCCGAUAAGACACCAAUGCGGUAGCUGAAGCUUACGGACUUGUUGUGGAUUGGGAUCGAAAGAAAUACGAGACGGGAAGCAGUGGUCGCUGUCACCAACAACGGCUUGGGUUGCCGCCCUGACAAGUGGCAGAGGAAGAAGGGGGACCAACGACGCCGGGACGGAUUGCUGAAUCGCAUCCAGUCUCUCGACCACAAACCCAACCAAAUAUACCAGACGCAACCCCGAUCACGAUACACGCAAAAAUGAACGGCUACGACGAGAAGCGUCAACUAGACGACGACGCCUUUGGCGCCAAGGGGGGUAGCAUAGUCAGCGCCUUUGACGCUUUCCCCAAAUCAAAACCCCAAUACGUAACCCGCACCACCGCCGGCGGCAAAUGGACCGUCUUCGUCACCCUCAUCUCCUUCAUCCUCUUCUGGUCCGAAGCCUCUCGCUGGUGGCGCGGCUCGGAAUCGCACACCUUCGCCGUCGAAAAGGGCGUAUCCCACUCCCUCGACAUCAACCUCGACAUCGUCGUCAAAAUGAAGUGCCAAGACAUCCACAUCAACGUGCAAGACGCGGCGGGCGACCGGAUCCUGGCCGCUUCCAAGCUGCACCGCGACCCGACGGUUUGGCAGCACUGGGUCGACAACAAGGGGAUUCAUAAGCUGGGACGGGAUGCGCACGGGAAGGUGGUCACGGGGGAGGAGUAUUUGCAGGGGCAUGACGAGGGGUUUGGAGAGGAGCAUGUGCAUGAUAUUGUGGCGUUGGGGAGGAGGAGGGCCAAGUGGGCGAGGACGCCGAGACUUUGGGGUGCGACGCCGGAUAGCUGUAGGGUUUUUGGAAGUCUGGAGUUGAAUAAGGUCCAGGGCGACUUUCAUAUUACGGCCAAGGGACAUGGGUAUAUGGAGUUUGGACAGCAUUUGGAUCAUUCUGCAUUCAACUUCUCCCACAUAAUCUCCGAGCUCUCCUACGGCCCCUUCCUCCCCUCGCUCGUCAACCCGCUCGACCAAACCGUCAACAUCGCGUCCGCAAACUUCCACAAGUUCCAGUACUUCAUCUCCGUGGUCCCCACCGUCUACUCCUCUUCGGGAAAAUCCAUCGUCACGAACCAGUACGCCGUCACCGAGCAAUCCCAAGAGGUCACGGAGCGCAUCAUCCCGGGCAUCUUUGUCAAGUACGACAUUGAGCCCAUCUUGCUGAAUAUCGUCGAGGAGCGGGAUUCCUUCUUGGUGUUUCUGAUCAAGGUCGUUAAUGUCAUUAGCGGUGCGCUGGUGGCGGGCCAUUGGGGGUACAGGAUUAGUGAUUGGUGUCAGGAGGUGUGGGGGAAGAGGAGGAGGAGGGCCGGGGGGCCGAGUGAGGGGAUGUUGGGUGGGAAGGGGGGGCAGGAGCGUGAUGAGUAGGUGGGUAAAAUAUGGGGGGUGGAGGAUAGGUAGAGAGAGAGAUAUAGACGGAUGUAGAAGAAUGCUUUCUUUGUUUUUCGUGUUUGAUAUCAGAUGGGCGUGUAAAGAAUCGUGGUCAGACGUUAAGAUUGAGUUCGAAAGAUCUACAGAGUUUCAGGUUCUUGCGGCGUUGGUAGCGUCUAUAUCUGCAUGUUUCGUUGUUUCGUCUUAUGUCUUGUCAGUUCCUGCCGUUGUUAGUGCGAGUGCCGUUAA